UUUGUGCUUUUUUUCAUGAUCCUCUCUCUCUACCCCUUGUCCUUCUCCAUCCCUUCCUCCUCCCCUCUCCUCUCCCCUCCGUCUCCUGUGUGUGUGUUUUUGUUUCCUAACAGUUGUCCUAAGCUGGAGGACCUGCCGCCCGAGCAAUGGAGCCACUCUACAGUAAGAAACGCCCUCAAGGAGUUACUCAAAGACAUGAAUCAGAGCUCUCUGGCUAAAGAAUGCCCUUUAUCACAGAGUAUGAUUUCCUCCAUUGUGAACAGCACUUACUAUGCAAAUGUGUCGGCGGCAAAGUGUCAGGAAUUUGGGCGCUGGUAUAAACAUUUCAAGAAGACAAAAGAUAUGAUGGGCAUGCGCCAACCCUCCCAGCUGGAGGGCUACCUGGGGACGUGCGUCCUCCGUGAGAGCCCGCGUGCCAAUGCGCUAGCGGAGAUGGACAGCCUGUCGGAUCUGUCCCCUCCCGGCUCCAACCACAACCACAACCACCUGGGUUUCUCCCAGCAGCAGCCCAUCCCUGGCAGCACCGCAGAGCAGACGCCGUCUUCACCGGUGCCGCCGCUGCCGCACGCUCCCCCGCACAGCGGCCAAACGGGCGGCCGGCAGCCGCAGCUCCCCGGCCUGCACCAUCCGGGGUUGGUGUCCACGCCCAUCAGCCCCCAGCUGGUGAACCAGCAGCUCGUGAUGGCGCAGAUCCUCAACCAGCAGUACGCGGUGAACCGGCUGCUGGCGCAGCAGUCGUUGUCGCAGCAGUACCUCAACCACCCGCCUGUGAACCGCAACUCCCACACCAAGCCGCUGGAGCCUCAGGUGGGCUCCAACACGGAGGUUUCCUCUGAGAUCUACCAGUGGGUGAGGGACGAGCUGAAGCGGGCCGGCAUCUCGCAGGCCGUCUUUGCCCGGGUGGCCUUCAACAGAACCCAGGGCUUGCUGUCUGAGAUCCUGCGUAAGGAAGAAGACCCCAAGACGGCGUCCCAGUCCCUGCUGGUCAACCUGCGCGCCAUGCAGAACUUCCUGCAGCUCCCGGAGGCCGAGCGCGACCGCAUCUAUCAGGAGGAGAGGGAGCGGAGCCUCACGGCCGCAUCCGCCAUGGGCUCCACUCCCCUCAUCAGCACGCCGACCAGCCGGCCCGUUCAGCCUCGGAGGGAAGACUGCAACAGCGUGAGGCCGGAGGACUGGAAUCCCCGGAUCCCAGUGGGAAUUUCACCUGUGAGCACACAGCGUCACCCACUCACCCCGACAACUGCAACACUGCAAAAUGUAAAACCGUCGCCUCUGCCGAGCGAGUGGAACGGCAAGACCGAGAACUGCAUCUUGAACAUCACCUCCACCAUCUACGACGAGAUCCAGCAGGAGAUGAAGCGGGCCAAAGUGUCCCAGGCCCUGUUCGCCAAGGUGGCUGCGUCCAAGAGCCAGGGUUGGCUCUGUGAGCUGCUGCGCUGGAAAGAGGAUCCGUCUCCGGAGAACCGGACGCUGUGGGAGAACCUGUCCAUGAUCCGUCGGUUCCUGAGCCUCUCGCAGGCCGAACGCGACGCCAUCUACGAGCAGGAGAGCAGCGCCGGGCAGCAGCACCACAACGAGCGGCCGUCACACCUGAUCCACGUUUCCACCGACCAGCUUCAGGCUCAGCCGCCUCAGUCUCAGCAGCAGCACCAGCCCUCGCUGUCCCUCCACCCCUCCCAGCCUCUUCUCUCCCAGCAGCCCUUGCAGCAGCAGCAGCAGAGCAACGCCGGCCCCCGACUGCCGCCUCGCCAGCCGUCCACCGCCUCCCCGGCCGAGACGGAGGAUGAGGGCGGCCGCGGCAUCAAGUCCCGCGGCGGCGGGGGGAAGAUCUCCCUGGAGGCUCUGGGCAUCCUGCAGAGCUUCAUCCAGGACGUGGGCCUGUACCCCGACGAAGAGGCCAUCCACACGCUCUCCGCCCAGCUGGACCUGCCCAAGCUCACCAUCAUCAAGUUCUUCCAGAACCAACGCUUUUACGUCAAUCACCCCGCCAAGGCGCCGAAGGACCACAACGCCGCCGCCGCCAACAACAACAACAACAACUGCGGCAGCACGGCAGCGAACACCAGCAGCAGCAGCAGCAGCCGCAGCAGCCCCGCCUUCGAGGAGGAGCUGACGGACUUCAGGGAGAGCGGGGAGCUGCUGAAGGAGCUGGACGAGAGCACGCAGACCACCGCCACCAUCUUCUCCAUCAAGAUGGAGGAGCACCUGGGCCGUGGCGCCGAGCUGCAGGCCGAGUCCGAGCACGAGGUCAAGUAGGACCGACGACCGUGCCGACGGCAGCGCGCUGAGCGUGAGGCGGAGCCGUGACCUCAGUCUGUACGGCGUCCGGACCGGCGAGGCGUGUUUAUGUGGAAAUAUGUGAUCACACACACUGGAAGCCCAUUUCAGACUCCGAAAAAAAACCCAGAACUACUUUUUGGAUUUUGUAAAACUUGUAAGAAUCACUGUAAAGACUGAAGCAUCAUUUUAAUAACCUGCACAAAAAGAAAAAAAAGUUAUUGUAAUUAUGUUGGCGUGGAUAUUUGCUGGCUGCACUCGAUGUACGUCGUUUUACACUGACUUCUCUUUUUGAGCUACUGAUUAUAUUCCGAAAGGAAACAAAAAAAAAAUAAAGAAACAAA